GUACAUGACUCUGGAGCUACUGGAGAGUCGGUUAAAUGAUUUAGAAAGGAUUAUUUUUGGAGACAGGCAUGGGCUCUCGGCUCUCUCGGAGGUAAAACGACCAAUUUUCGAUCAACUGGUCUCAGCUCAUAACGCCAUAGCUUCGGCGGAGAAGCGCCCCUUAGUGGCCAAGAUGCUUGCUCGCACUACAGAAAUACAAAAAUACACGGAUCCGAAUUUUAUCGAGGAUGACACGAUGUCUUCGAGAGCAAAGGUAGAAAUCCUUCUUGCAGAGAAGGAAAAAUUGGAAGACACUGCUGUUGCCUUGGCAAACAUACAGGCGCUUGCCGGAGUGCUCAACCAUCCCUCGUUCAAAGCUUUGAACGAUAUGCGAAAGAAAAUGAUGAACUUGCAUGAUCACCUUUUGGGACAACAACGAAAAUCGGCACUUCUACUGUCAGAGUCUCGGGAAUUGCUGAGUUCAUAUUUCCGCAUGAUUCUCGGUCUCUCAAAACUUUUCAUCCAUUGGAACCACAAGGCUUCCAGCUCUGAUACUGCCGAAUCCUAGAUGUUGGACCACGGAGCCGUCUUGGUUUUUGUAAUUUGCACCACGCGUUCUGUUGACCUGCUCGUAGUUCUACGGGAUCAUCGGUGUCAUAUCACACAUCGUUUUGACUAAGUGGAUCUGUGGUUCUUCAUCUAAUGACAUCGUGUGUGCAACAUCCCAUUGAGAUUUACGUAUCCACCGACACGAUUCACAUGCGAGCAAACCACUGCGCCAACUUUUGAAAACAAUGAUAGUGAACCACUUGAGCUGUAAUCACUUUCGCAUUGCGACUCUGAAAUCACUGACCCCAUUUCAUCCGGCGUUCGUUGCCGCAGUUGAUUCCAAUCAACAGUGAGGUUUAGACUGUGCACCCGUUCACUAAUGUUCUCGUACCAACUGGGUCAUGUGACUACAUGCAGCAACUCAUGAGGCAGAUUUAUUCGCUCUGCUCUUAUGGUGCUGCAAUUGCGUACGAUAAUGAUAUCGCGAUGCCUUGAACGAAGGUAGUAUGACCUGCGGAGUAAAAGAGGUG